UUCUUGAUUUCUUUUGAUAUACGUUUUGGUUAGGUUUGUGUUUGUUUGAAUUUGUAACUGUUGGUAGGGUUUUAAGCGUGUGGAGUAGUUAUUGCGUUACUGUGGAAUUAGGUCAUUGUCCUUCAAUCUCGAUCAGAAGUCCAAAAAAAUAUAUAAAAUUUUUAUUUCAUUGUUUUGUAUACAAGAUAAUAAUUUUCGAAAUGGGUCAUGAUCAAAAUUCAAUUUUGUCGUUUAGGUCUUGAUGUGGUUGAUGAUCAACGAGGAAAAUCCACAUAUUUAUUCGAGACUCUUGAAAGUCAACAUUUGUCCUUCUUUGAAAGUAGAAUGUUGAGUCAUCUUUGGUAGAUUUUUUUCUUCUUUAUGAUGUCAAAUUCUACAAUCUGAUUAGAAUAGGUCUGAUUUGGCAAUGGCUGAGGAGAUUACUUCAGAGGUCAAAGAGACGACAAAUCCUCCGAAGAUGUCUAAAGAGAGUACUUCUGUGGAAACAGUACGUGUAAAGGAUGUGGAAAAUGCGGAAGAUGUUGUAUCUGUGGUAUCCAAGGGUCAAGAAGAGAUUAUACCAGAGAUCAAUGAAGUGCCUAAGCCAGAAGGUGUGACUUUGAGACGUCAUUCUACUGGAACAAUAGGUACACGAGCAACGAAACCGCAGGUUCAGUCCCGUUAUCGCGGGAAUCAUCGUGUGGGUUCGACUCAUGAUUUAUGUAAACAUGGGAAGAGGUGUGAUCAAGAUGAUGCUGUGAAACCGUGGAAGAUGGUUAGGAGAAAGAGUGUUGAAGGCUCAGAUGUGAUCAAAGUUGAGACUCCAAGUUUGACAAGGAAGUCAUUGGGAAGUGUGAGUAGACAGAUUCCGGGUACCAAACCAGAGAGUUCUGUGUCUGCAAAGAGAGAUGUGUUGUCUGUCAAAAGAAAACCAUGUGCUUCUGUGAAUUCAGAAUCUAGCUCCAAAGAAGGUAGUGAGAUAACGAGAUCUGUUGAUGGUUUAAGCGUUAAAAGCAAUGACAGGGCGCCGAAGAAUAAAGAAAGCGAGAUUACUCUAAGUGGUUCAGCUGUUGGUAAGAAGGUUCCUGGCUUGAGAAAUGACAAGUCUAGUACUUCUAUAGAGAAGGUUUCAAAGAUCAGUGGCGUUGGAAGUUCUAAGGUUUGUGCUCCAAAGAAUCUGAAGAAUGUGGAGAAGGCAAAGACGACUCAGACAAUUAGCGGUGAAGAUGUAAAAGAGAAGACUGUGUGCGUUGUUGAAUCAAGCGUUAAAGGUGUUAAGGGUGAGAAGCACCCAUCAUAUGAGAAGAAAACCAUGAAAAGUGGGCAUAAAAGCUUGACUACUCCUAUACGUGGUUCUAGUCCUACUAAACAGAUUCCUGGUAAAAUCAGUACCGGUUUGACUAAGAAGAAAGAAAGUGAUACUGCAGAAGUUGAAGCAAAUCCGAAACCCGAGAGGAAGAUUAAGCCUAAGAAGACAGGAGCAAAGGUGACUCUAGCUCGGCAGCUGACUUUCAAGAAAGGAAAGGUUCUUGAGCCGAAACCCGAGGAUUCUUCUCCGAAAUGGAUCAAGUUCAGAAAGAGGGUUGUGCAGGAACUGAAAACGCAAUCCGAAGGGAAGAAGAAGAAUCUGAAAGAUGGAAGAUUGGGUGUUGAGACGAAAUCUGAUUCUUGUGAAGGAAGUAAACGUGAGAAAGUUGUUCUGAGGCAUCGAAAAGUAGAAGGGAAGAAGAAAAUGAUAACAUUGUUCAACAAUGUGAUUGAGGAGACAGUGAAUAAGCUAACAAAGGUGAGGAAGCACAAAGUGAAAGCUCUUAUUGGUGCUUUUGAAACUGUUAUCUCUCUUCAGGACACUAAGACAUCUCUUAAACCUCAGAGCAAGGCCACAACAUCUGCGUCUAAGGUUAGACCUUUGGUCUCCGAACAGUGAGAAAAUGACAAAAGUUUACUUGUGCAUAUGAUCUUUUAACAUUCAAGAUUUUAAACAUCGACAACAUAUUUUAAGAGGAAGAGAGCGAGCGAGAGAUCGAUAAUUUUCUUGUUAGUGUCCUCGAAAUAGCAAAAGGGUUUAUUAAUGUCCUUUGACAAUUACUGAAUUUGAUAUCAGAAGAUGAAGUUGUGAAGCUUUCAAAGUUUAUCUCUGCAAGUCUUCUCCAUACUCAAAAACAGUUUUUACAAUCACAAUAUAUAUAUAACAAUUUUUUAAGAACUAUAUAUGGAUCAAUAAUACUCGCUAGGCUAA